AUGCAAAGUAAAGAGGAGAACAUGUCGCCAAUAUGUGAAUUGUAUAUCACAAUUAGUGUCCGGACGUCCACGGAAAUUGUGACGAGACAUUUUAUCGAUGUGGAUCACGGGAUACCUUUAAACAUACAUGCGCGGCCUCGGCUCGUGGGGCGAAGGCCCGACGCGAUAGUCAAUAUCGAAACGGAUGUUUUUCAAGAGAAAUCGUACAAACAGUACUCUUCUCAGCAUUUAAGAGAUGCUCUGAUCGCCGUCAAGAAGGGUUACAGUGUUUACGCGGCGUCGAAUAAAUACGGAGUCCCGAGGAAGACUUUGAGAAAUUGGAUGGAAAAAUACGAUAUCAAAAGUCAGUUUUCAAAGGGACGUCGAGGGACGAGGCAGCAAAUUUUGGACCCCUUAGACCUAAUGUCUGAGGGGCGGUCAGAGAGGUUUGAUGGUACCUUG